GAGAGAGUGGAGAAGAUACGUGUGAUGGCAAGAUCAUCCCCUUUUGACAAACUUCUAAUGGUGCAAUGCUUGAGAAAGAAAGGUCAUGUGGUCGCAGUCACAGGUGAUGGAACGAAUGAUGCACCAGCUUUAAAGGAAGCAGAUAUAGGACUUUCUAUGGGAAUUCAGGGCACUGAAGUAGCUAAAGAGAGUUCUGAUAUUGUCAUCUUGGAUGAUAAUUUUGCUUCAGUUGCCACAGUUUUGAAAUGGGGAAGGUGUGUCUAUAACAACAUCCAGAAAUUCAUCCAAUUUCAGCUCACAGUAAACGUGGCUGCGCUCGUGAUCAAUUUUGUAGCAGCUGUUUCAUCUGGUGAGGUACCACUCACAGCAGUACAGUUGCUGUGGGUAAAUUUGAUCAUGGACACAUUAGGGGCAUUAGCACUUGCGACAGAGAAGCCAACCGAGGAACUCAUGAAGAAGAAACCAGUCGGUAGGACUGCACCGCUUAUCACCAACAUUAUGUGGAGGAAUCUAAUGGCUCAGGCCUUAUAUCAGAUUGCUGUUUUAUUGACCUUACAAUUCAGAGGAGAAUCAAUCUUUGGUGUCAGCAAGAGGGUAAAUGAUACGUUGAUCUUCAACACAUUUGUUCUUUGCCAAGUGUUCAAUGAAUUCAACGCGCGAAACCAGGAGAAGAAGAAUGUCUUUAAGGGAAUACACAAGAACAAGUUGUUCAUGGCAAUCAUCGGAAUAACAUUGGUUCUCCAAGUGGUGAUGGUGGAGUUCCUAAAGAAGUUUGCAAAUACAGAGCGGCUGAAUUGGGGGCAAUGGGGAAUCUGCAUUGGAUUUGCAGCUGCAUCUUGGCCAAUUGGUUGGCUUGUCAAGUGCAUAACUGUCCCAGAGAGACCAAUCUUCAGUUAUCUCAGGUUAAAAUAAAUAAAUUUAGAUGUUCAUUUUUAUUUUAUUGGUCCAUAAGCUAGUUUGUUG